UGUAUGGAGGAAUUCACUGUACCUAUAUGUUCCUGUCUUCCAGAGCAAGAGGCUAACGGAGCAGCAGCUAAAGAAACAACAGCCAAAAAAGCUCCUGGAGCGACCAAGAAGAGUAAGUAUAGGCUGAGAUGUGGUUCAUUGCAUGGAGGAAUUCACGGUACUUACAUGUUCCUGUCUUCCAGAGCAAGAUACUAACGGAGCAGCAGCUAAAGAAACAACAGCCGAAAAAGCUCCUGGAGCGACCAAGAAGAAGAAUGCAGCAGAACGUGAGAAAACUGCCAACCUACGCACCGCAGUCAGGAAAAUUUCAAGAUUUAUGAAAGUGCAAGAACCAAGACUCCGAACACAGUUGGAUAUUGACGUACUCAAUGAAACCCAGAAGUAUGCAGACAUAUUGGCAUCCUGGAGUGCAAAGAUUGUUGAACUGGAUGAAGCUAUCACCGAUAUUACCAAAAGGAUUGCCAAUGAUUGGAAUGUACAUGGUGGCAGCCUCUUUUUGUUUCAAACAGACAAACACACAUUCAAUCGAGCAAGACACGCAUGUACAACCAGAGAUUCCGUCUUGACUAGCAUUGACAGCCCAGAGGAAGAGGAAUUUAUAGAAUCCCGUGUCAAGGGCAGUCUUGUUGACUACUGGAUUGGACUUUAUAAGGGGAAAGAUGAUUGGGUAUGGGAAGAAGGCCGUCCUUUGAUACGAACUUCCAGGGUGGUCCUGGCAGUAGCUGGAUGCAGAGCACUCUGCAUCUGUCACGUUCAUAGUACAGACAUUUUUGAACAUUUCAAUCCAUGCAUAGAUGACUCUACAAAUUCUGGGGUCCUGGUGAACCAACAAAUAAGGGCCCAGCAACAGGAUAUACUGAAGACUGUGUUUUUGUUGAUAAAAACUGUGCAUUGA